CAAGCCGCCUGAGCUGACUACAAGACCAUCACAGUGUGCGGUGAUACGCAGGGUUUGUCACUUGGAGUUGGGGCUCAACAAAAGGAAGACCCGAUCAACACAAGUCAAGCCGCCUGAGCUGACUACAAGACCGUCACAGUGUGCGGUGAUACGCAGGUUUUGUCACUUGGAGUUGGGGCUCAACAAAAGGAAGGCCCCUCGAGGGGACUGACAGUCCCUUACCAGAUCAACACAAGACAGGCAGACAUGUCGGUGGGAUCGGCGGUGCUAGGUCUCCUUUGCGUGGGUCUGGCAGCGGCCAGCCCGCUCGUGGGUCGGCUGAACCUGCCGUCCAAACAGCCGCACUGUUACGGGACGGUCAUCGCGCCUCGGCUGCUGCUGACGGCUGCGGAAUGUGCCUUCAACUCCGCCACAGGCAGACCCCAUUCCAACCUGCAGUUUUCCCUCAGCACUGGGGCCAAAAUCAAGGUGACAAGAGUCCACAUCUUCCCCGGCUGGCUGCGGAACAAGACGCCUUUGCUGAGUUUUGCCACCCUUACCCUGGCGUCUCCCCUCCAGAUCCCGGAAACAACACUAAUCUGGAGCCCCUUCUCCGUGGAGGAGAGCAAUGUGUCCCUUAAGUAUGCCUCUGGCAACAUCAGAUGCAGCAGUAGAGGGCAGGAUGAGAAUAACAUGGAGUACGCUGCGAACCAGUUGGCAGCUAUGUCGUGUCCGGGGUCACAUCAACACCUCAAGAUCCCAGGAAGCCCCGCCUACCAGAUAUCUGGUGUGAGCCGCUCAGCAGUAGUCUUUGGCGUGCAUGUCGGCGAAUGUUCCAGUGAAUGGGGGCCUCUCGCUACGGUGCCACGCGGCCCUUGUGCGGCGAGACUUAGCCACGAGAUCUUCCGUGACAUUUGUGAUUUCGCCAAAAAAGAGAAACAGAUCCUGCCUGAAUGCAAAGACGCCCUUCAAAAUGAUGUUGAUCCGAAGUCACCGACCAGUCUGCUGAGCAUGGCGGCUUACACGGCACUGGUGAACCGGGAACCGGAGUAUGGUAUCAUCCUGCUGUUCUGUCGUGGCUGCAACAUCGACACUUGUGAAGAAGGCUGCCGAAGCUGCCGUCAGGAGUCCCUGGAGCGGUUUGACCGCCUGGCUCUCUACGUGCCGUUCUACCGAAGAGUUCUCGUGGCCAGGGUGGAUGCGGAUAGCCUGGGAUUCAAGGUUCCCUACGCCCCCUAUAUCCUGUACCGCCUUCCCGGCACACUGCAGUUCCGGGAACAUCGCGCCUCGCUGACGCAGCUGGUGCAGCUUUUCCAGCAGGACAGCUCCGGGGGCAGCGGCACGUCACGAAGUCGGACCAAGCGGAUGUUGCCAGGAUGGGUGGCUGGGGCGGCUCGGGCCUGUGGGAGCGUCGUGGUGGCCAUAGGACAGAGGCUAGUCUCGCCGUUUGUCGGACAGCGGUACGAAAUACGGUGCACAGUGGCUGAGAGCCAGCUGCGCAGCCUGAACGGAAAGCUGAUAAACAGAGAGGGCAAGGAGGUGGUGGCCGGGAAGGAUAUGCCGGUCGGAACGGUGCUGGAGGCGACCUGUAACCCCGGAUUGGGGAUAAAGGCCCGGUACCCCAUACUGAAUUCGCUGAGCCUAACGUGUGAGGACGACGGCAGGUUCCAACCGCCUGUGCCAGAAUGCUCAGGGACCUGCAAGCUUGUACCCGGUCCGGCAAGACGGGACGAGUUUCUGCAGUUUCCUGACAUGCAGAUUCAGUUCACGCCAGACCUCGGAGCUCCACAGACGUACCAACUUCGGACUUUCAUUAAUGCCAAGGAGACCAGAGAAAUGCUACAGGGGGAUACAGUCACUUUCACUUGUCCGGAGAAUAGCAUUCUCAGGGACGACCUUACGUCUCCCUGGACAUGCAAGAAAAACCUCCAGAAGAAGGUGUUCCCGUGUGAAGCCGCCCCACGCCCCUGUGACGCCCUGAACAUCCCCCAUGCGGACACAUCGCCGUCAGGUCAAAUCCCGCACAACAGUCGCGUCACAGUCAGUUGCCGUGACAACAGACGGGUGUGGUACAGUGGCAUUGAAGAUUCAAACAAUGGGGGUAGAUUUGACCUCCUUGAUUCAAUCUCUUUGACUUGCAAGGAUGGCAGUCUCGACAGUGAGGCAGACACCUUGGAAUGUAGAGAAUCCUGUGACAUCAGCCCUCCUGCCAUUGCCAUCGCUGAUAAGAAACUCAAGGAAUCUCCAGUCUUUAUACUGCAGACGGGUCCAGGCACGUCCCGAAGGCUGAAACCGCCAGCACGGGUGUGGAUAGACAACCAGGUGCUGUAUGAAUGUUCCGACAGAGAGUGGUGGCUGGAUGGAACGAACCACAACUCGCAAAUGGCGACCUGUUCUGCUGGUGGAGGGAUGAGCCCCCCUAUAGUCCAUUGUAAUGUGCAGUGUCUGGUCCCCCUCAAGGCCCCAGCAGCAGGUGAAAAGGCUGUGGAGCUAAAGCGUGGCGGAGCAAACGUCGCAGGAACCCGCAUCCUCUCCCAGCAGCAGGUGGAAAUCACCUGCCCGCCUGACUCCAUCAUGUACAGUAGGGCAGGAAACGUAUUCUGGGAGACGAACACGAAUCCACCUCGAAAAACCAAACAAAACAAAUGUGGACCAGCGGGCUUUGGCUUUGACUUCCCAUCCUGUGUUGACGUGGCGUAUUUCUCCAACAAGUUCCUGUACGAACACACCCAUUUGGGCUCCCGCCCAUCUGACCUGGCAAAGUACUGCACUAACAAGCUGAAUGCCAUCGUCGGAGCCGUCAUCAAGAGUUUCAUAGUUCUCCACUCAGAUGUGCAGUUAAAGGCUCUGAACAGUCUUGUGCAAAGUAACCAGGUUGGAGGUGCCAACAUCGCAGAUAAGUCGAGAGAUGACCCGAUGGCUCUUUACAAGACAAAAGACCAGUACGAAGUGUUCGUGUGUGAUCGAACAAGCGGCAGCCUCAAAACCCAGGAGCUGAAGAGGAAGGUGUUUGUUGGUUUUCAGCGGAGUGGGGCGUUGUGGCGCCUCUAUCACUAUCACGACGGUACCCCUGGAACGGCUCACGAGCUGGUCUGAGGGGGUGGAAGUUACCAUGGCUACCGUACCCCUGGAACGGCUCAUCAGCUGGUUCGAGUACAUGCAAAACACCAAUGAUUUCUGAUUUUAAUUUAAUUGGCUGGACACUGAUAAUUCUAAAAAAACAGCUGAAAAGCAAACCUUCCGGAAUACGAUGUACUACGCAUGCAGCAGGUAGUUUGGCCAUAUGCUCAUCAGAGUGUGAUUUUGCUUUAUGAUUGAUGUGUUUGUGUUAAACAGUGUGAUGUAGCCACACAAAAGCCCAUUAUUUCAAUGUAGUAAGUGAAGCUAAUACCCAGUGAUUACAUUAGAAAUUGUAAACUGGCACUCGAUCGGCACUUCUUUUGAGGUAGCCUCCAAUAUUUGGCCUUUGUCAUGUUCUGACAGAUUACGUUUCGAGAAAUGGAUUGUUUUUUUUUUCCAAAUAAUUUUUAUUGUAAUUUCAAAGAAUAAAGACAAAAGACAUGUUCACAUACAAGAAAAUAAAUGCCCAGAGACAUUUUGCAAACAGUACAUCAGUCUAACAAUUUACCAUAUAGUGGACCCCAGAACUGGAUUGUUGUUUGGAUAGACCUAAGCUUGCCUAAUACUAGUAACAGACCGUUCGUCAACGGUAUGAGUUAUAAUACUCUGAAGACAAGUCUGUGCGAUUCAUGCUUUUGACAUUUUGAGUAUCACCUUUCCGGAAUAUCAACUAAGACCAAAGUCUGCCAAAUUUACAUCAAGGGCAGGAGUGUGACAUGAAUGUCAAACAUGAAUAUGAAAAAUAAAUAAAUG